AUGCCCCUGCACAGGCUCCCGGUCGCCGUGUGGAAGCGGCUGCGGCUGCGGGGCGGCCUCUGCGCGCGCCUGCCCGCGCACUACCUGCGCGCCCUGGAGGACGCGCGCGCGCCCGCCGCCGUCCACUACCGGCCGCUCGGCGCGGGGGUCGCGGCCGGCCCCGGGGGCGGGCGGCGGCCGCGCGUGGAGGACGUGCCCGUCCCCGUGCACCGGCCCCCGGAGUCGCAGCGGGGGCUGUGGGGCGGCGAGGGCCUCGUCCUGGGCCAGCGCUACACCGGGGACGACAAGCUCGGCAGGCGGGUGCGCAAGGUGUGGAGGCCGCAGCUGUUCCGGCGCGAGCUCUACAGCGAGAUCCUGGACGCCACGUUCGCCGUGACGGUGACCAUGCGCGCCCUGGACCUCAUCGACGCGGCCUUCGGCUUCGACUUCUACAUCCUCAAGACCCCGCCGCAGGACCUGUGCUCCAAGUUCGGCAUGGACCUGAAACGGGGCAUGCUGCUGCGCCUGGCCCGCCAGGACCCCCGGCUGCACCCACACGACCCCGCCCGCCGGGCGGCCAUCUACCGCAAGUACCAGGAGUUUGCCAUCCCAGAGGCAGAGGCCGAGUGGGUCGGGCUGACGCUGGAGGAGGCCAUGGAGAAGCAGCGGCUUCUGGAGGAGCAGGACCCCACUCCUCUGUUCAAGGUCUACACAGAGGAGCUGGUCAGGCGGUUUCAGCACCAGGCGCUGUCCGAGCCAGCAGCCGUGGCGCCAAGGAGAGCUGGCAGAAAGGCGGUAGAUGACCCCACGGCCUGACAGGCACGCUGGGCGGCGGGUCCUUUUUUGGGCACAUGGCUGGCUCUGAGGCUCCGGGUGCACGUGCGAACCCUGUCCCACUCUGCGGCCCCCGCCCUCGCCGCAGAGGCCCUGUGGCCCCUCCCCUGGCAGCGCGAGUAAAGUUGGAGC